CAAGAGUGCGGGUGUGGUGUGGAGUGCAUGAGCAUGCGUGCGUGUGGGUAAGAGUGUGAGAGCGAAUGACAGACUUUCCAUAUGGACUAAAAUCCUGAGAUGCAUAAGCUGGAGGUGGGGAACCUGUGCCGUGUGGACACAUAAAGGCUGCUACACAGUGUAGCUCGGACGCUGUGAGUUUCAAGAAUCUGGUGAAAGGGAGAGAGUGGACAAUGAAAAUGGACAUGGAGGAUGCUGACAUGACUCUGUGGACAGAGGCUGAUUUUGAAGAGAAGUGCACAUAUAUUGUAAAUGAUCAUCCGCUGGAUCCCAGUGCCGAUGGAGGCACCCUAACUCAGGCAGAGGCUUCCUUGCCAAGGAACUUGACUUUCAAAUAUGCAUCUAACUGCAAAGAGGUCACUGGAGUGAUAAGCAAAGAGUACAUCCCAAAAGGAACACGCUUUGGACCCCUGGUGGGAGAGAUCUAUACCAGUGAUACAGUUCCCAAGAAUGCAAACAGAAAAUACUUUUGGCGGAUCUAUUCAAGUGGUGAACUUCACCACUUCAUUGAUGGAUUUAACGAGGACAAGAGCAACUGGAUGCGUUAUGUAAACCCUGGCUACUCUGUUCAGGAGCAGAACUUGGCUGCUUGUCAGAAUGGAAUGAACAUCUACUUCUACACCAUCAAGCCCAUCCCUGCCAACCAAGAGCUGCUUGUGUGGUAUUGCCGAGACUUUGCAGAGAGGCUGCACUAUCCCCCCUCCAGAGAGCUGACAAUGAUGAACCUCACACAAACCCACGUUAAUCCAAAGCAGCACAGCGCUGAUAAAGAUGAGCUUUAUCAGAAAAGCGUCCCAAAGAAGGAGCACAGUGUGAAAGAAAUCCUGAAAAUGGAAUCCAAUCCUCCUAAAGGAAAAGACUUCUUUCAGACCAACAUUUCACCAGUUACUCCAGAAAAAGACUUGGAUGAUUUACGUAAGAACUAUAGCCCGGAGAGGUGUUUCUUCCCUCGAGUUGUCUACCCGAUCCGACCUCACAUUCCUGAAGACUAUCUGAAAGCUUCCUUAGCAUAUGGCAUGGACAGACCCAGCUACAUUACUCACUCACCCAUCCAGGCAUCUACUACACCAAGUCCUUCCGGGAGGAGCAGCCCAGACCAAAGUUUAAAAAGUUCAAGCCCUCACAGUAGUCCGGGGGUCACAGUUUCACCUCUGGCACCUACUUCCCAAGAGCACAGAGAGCCAUACUCUUACUUGAACGGAUCAUAUGGCUCAGAAGGAUUGGGGUCUUAUCCUGGAUAUGCACCUCCUGGCCACCUCUCACCUGCCUUUCUACCAUCCUAUAACCCCCAUUACCCCAAAUUCCUGUUACCUCCAUUCAAUAUGAGCUGUAAUAAUCUGAGCGCUUUGAACAAUAUCAAUGGCAUCAACAACUUCAAUCUCUUCCCAAGGAUGUACCCUCUUUAUGGCAACCUGCUCAGUGGAGGUAGCCUUUCCCACCACAUGCUCAACCCCACCACGCUCCCCAGCUCAUUGCCCAGUGAAGGAGGCCGUCGACUGCUGCAGCCUGAUCAUCCAAGAGACUUCCUCAUACCAGCACCCAACAGUGCCUUCUCUAUCACGGGCGCUGCUGCCAGCAUGAAGGACAAGCCAUGCAGCCCUACCAGUGGGUCCCCCACCGCUGGUACAGCAGCCAGUUCAGAACACAUAAUGCAACCUAAACCUACCUCAGUGGUGUUGGCUGCCACCGGCAGUGAAGAAGCCAUGAAUCUCAUUAAAAGUAAGAGGAAUGUGACCGGUUACAAAACCCUCCCAUACCCACUGAAAAAGCAGAAUGGGAAGAUCAAGUACGAAUGCAAUGUUUGCUCCAAGACCUUUGGCCAGCUCUCCAAUCUGAAGGUGCACCUCCGAGUACACAGUGGAGAGAGACCAUUUAAAUGCCAGACUUGCAAUAAGGGCUUCACGCAGCUGGCUCACCUCCAGAAGCACUAUCUGGUACAUACAGGAGAAAAACCCCAUGAGUGUCAGGUUUGUCACAAGCGGUUCAGCAGCACCAGCAAUCUCAAAACCCACCUGCGGCUCCACUCGGGAGAGAAGCCUUACCAGUGCAAGCUCUGCCCAGCCAAAUUCACCCAGUUUGUGCACCUGAAGCUGCACAAGCGUCUCCACACUCGGGAACGCCCCCAUAAAUGCAUCCACUGCCACAAGAGCUACAUUCACUUCUGCAGCCUCCAGGUCCAUCUGAAGGGCAACUGCCCCGUCGCCCCGGCCUCUGGCCGCUCCAUGGAGGACCUGAACCGAAUCAACGAGGAGAUCGAGAAGUUCGACAUCAGUGACAAUGCUGACAAGCUGGAAGAAGUGGAGGACAAUAUCGACUUAACAUCCAUCGUGGAGAAGGAUAUACUGACCAUGCUCAGGAGGGAAAUGGAAGGAGCUAACCUGAAAGUCUCUCUGCAGAGGAACCUGGGAAAUGGGCUUAUCUCCUCAGGAUGCAACCUUUACGAGUCGUCAGAUAUGUCAGUUAUGAAGUUGCCUCACGGUCACCCACUACCUCUGUUACCUGUAAAGGUCAAGCAAGAAACAAUUGAACCAAUGGACCCUUAAGACUUUUUGGCAAAGUGAUUUUUUUUAUUUAUGACUUGGCAAGUCAGGGUGCCUGUAGCAGUUGCUUGUACAUAGUUUCAAUGCUGCAAAGCAAUCUUGGCUUACAGUAGUUUCCCUACGCUCUCCAGCUGAAAGAAGGAACUCCAAAGUUACUGUUUUCUCAGGGCAUAAAAAGGGGCAAAGGACUCUGCAUUGCCUCGCCAGUUACUAAGAGACAAUCAUUUAUCCAUAAUUAUUUUUUCAAUGAUAGUACUUCAUAAUUUAUUAUGCAAUUAAUCAUUCUAAAAGCAAUAAUUAGGAAAAUGUUUACAAUGACUGGAAAAAUUCAUUGUAAUUUUUACUUUAAAUGUUUUUAUUUUUUGUUUUAUGGGCCAUUCUUUGUAGAUAUUUUUUUUCUGCACAUCUGUUUUAAGAACCUAAGAUUAGGGUUUCAGUAAAUGUGUUUUAUGUACCAAUGUCUUUUAAACAAAUGUGGUUUUUCAUAUUGCCAAAGUUGGACAUGUGACAUACAGAAUCCUAGAGCAGUUGGUUUGAAAAAAAAUGCUGUGUACUUUCAUGAGCAAAUCACCCCACUGGGAAUUGAAAAGGAGAAAAAAAAUAGCAAACCCAGAGUAGCAGCAAGCAGGGAAGAAACUUUUUCUCCUGCCUCUCUGAGGGGAGGAGAAAGAUUCUUCUACCUGCAGCUCUCCCUGGAACAGAUGUGGCACAGCAAACACCGACCUGCCAUGGACAAUACCACAGGUUUUUAGAACACAGCUCCAGCCCCACGCAUUAUCAUGUAACUUUUAGACCAAAGGAACACAUGAGCUUAAAGUGGCUUUUCCAAAAUAAAAUCUCACUUACAUUUUUUUUUUCCAAAAGCAGUUUAAAAGCAAAGACACAAAUAUUAUUCUGCCUAAAAGAGGGGUUUAGGCAAAUUUCUUUCUUCUGAUUUUUGUUUUAUUUUGGGGUUUUUUUUGGCCAGAGCCUUCCAGGGAUAAAAAAAAAAAAAAAAAGAGAUGGUCAUAUUCCCUGAGUAAGAAGGGGUUCAGUUUUACUUGUAUUUUUCUCUCCCACUUUGCCUGGGUAGAAGUGGGGAACAAAGUCCUUUCCUGGCACAUAAUUUUUUUUCUUCCUUCCUGUACGACUCAGAUUUUUCUCAGUAUUUGUGUUUGUACAUUUUGUGGUUAAUUUAAUUAAAGAAGAAAAGGGCAUUGCAAAGUUGUUGAACAACAAUUACCUCAGUGCUUGUGUCCAGUGGUGCAGACAAUGCUGUUUUACCUAAAUGCUUUGCUACUUUAGAGAAGAAACCAAAAUGUGCACAGGGAAAGAUAGAAUGCACGUCCUUUUAUCUUUUUGUUUUGCUAAGCCCAAAGAUGAUAUGGUGACGUUUGAGGUGUAGCAAAGAAUACAUGUAUAUUUAUAGAUAUAUUUAUACCACUAUACGAUAUAUGUAUAUGUAUAUAUAUUUAUACCACUUAAGUUGUGAGCCAAACCAUGUAAUAAAACCUAUUUUUCAUCUAAGUGUGAAAAUCAAAUGUUAUCCCAGUUUUGCAAAUAACCAAUGACCUCAAAACCAGAAGGUUGAACCAAGGCAUUUAUCACUUGCAAAUACACAUGCACAGCUGAACUUGCAAACGUGAAUGACAUCAUCAUGCAUCCACGUGUGGCAUCUCAGUGAAUUUGGUGGGAAUUACCCUGUUUGCAGGCCAGGGCUCCUUCAGUCCCCUGCUCUCCUGGCAGUCUGCACUGGGGGGGAAGGAGGCUGGUGGUCAGUCAACAGCCAGCCAGAAAAUGUAACUGAAAGAACUUGAAAUGAAGCCAAAUAUGACCCGUGUCUGAUGUGGUCACAAAUCACAGUAAAGGCAGUGUGGAAGUCAGGUGGGACAAGGCCCUUGUCUCAUUGUGCCUGCCACUAAUGAGUUGCACAGUCAACUCACAAGAACAUUAUUAGCAUUAUUACACACCUCCCCACCAUGUAUCCCUUUUUGUCUGGUUAUGUUUUUAAAAAAAUUUUUUAGAAGUCCACCUCAACAAUUCAGGAUUCGGUGGUCUUUUUUUUUCCAGCAAACUUCAUUUUAAUGCCUUCUGUUAAAAAAAAAAAAAAAAAAAAACAAACAAUCCUGAAAUACAAGUCUCUAAACACAGCUUUUGAAGGACUCCAGUUCAUUACAUUUCCACUCCUGCAAAUUAUGAGGCUGACAUCUUUUAAAUGUAGCAAUAGUUCAUAAAUAUAGUACUUAAUUGUAGGAUAAACCAAAGUAUCACUACUCUGUCACUGGACACACACUUUUCCUAUUAUUGCCUGUAGUGCUUUCUUGUAUUUGAUACAAAAUUUACAAGAAUUUAUAUGCAUCAGCUUUAAGAAUUGUUACUUCUCUUUACUGUUUCCCCCUUCCCUUAGACGUUUUACAUGUGAAUGUAGCAACAAUCAACAGUGUUUUUGGGGGUUUUUUUGUCUCUCUUAAGAAAGACUCUGACCAAAGUUAACAGGCUUUUUACUUUGCUAGAACAACAAACUAUUAUAUGUUUACGUAUUGGUUUACAUCAUUAUUUAUGUGCAAAUUGUCAAAUGUAAAUUAAAUAUAAGUGUUCAUUGCUUUA